AUGAGUAAGGAGAACGACGGCUUAGACUUAUUUUCAGAAGGGUCUUCAAGCGACAGCGAAAGUAGUGAAGAGGUAAAAAAGGAAGUCAAACCGGCGCCACCACAAGUGAAUAAAAAGCAAGAAAAAAAGAAGGAAGUUGUCAAGGAUGUGCAAGCGACGAAGCAAAAGGACAAAACCCCACAAGUAGUAUUUCAAGAAGAAAAGAAGAAGGGCGCAGGGUUUGAGAUAUCGAAAAUGAAAGCAUUUGACAAUGAGAAACCAAAGGAAAUAUCUUCGAGUUUAAAUACGAUGACCAAAAAGAGUACAUACCAACACCCUAACAAGAAAAGUACUGAACAUUCAACAAAAGAGAAUUCCAGAUGGAAAGAUACUAAAACUCGUGAGUAUAAAGGAAAUGAAAAGAAGAUGAAUGACACUCGAAGACAUGACCGAGAAGGAGGCGAGAAGUAUAAUAAGAAACAUUCUAAAAUUAAUUAUGAUAUAAUUAACAGUUUUGACGCACGAACUGUAGCCAAUAAGGACGCUGACAAGCUUGGAACGUAUUUUAAGAAAUGCAUGUUAAGAAACUUGAGACUCCAUUACACAGAUGACCAAUUGAUAGAGAUUUUUAAGGAGUUUAAACCACUGUUUGUGACGAAGCUCAAAUUUCCAGGUCAGUUUGAUAUAGCAUUUCCUGUCGAAGUAGACAACAAAGAAGUGAUCGAAUUUGGAAAAACACUGAAAAAAAAGAAUGAAAAGAUGACUAUGGACAUAUCGGAACCGACGUUUGGGUACGCAUUGACAAAGUCUGUCGUCUCGAAAGAAGAACAGAUCAGAAGAAACGAACUCGAGAGGACUAUGCUGUUUGAGAAGGAGGAGAUGCUUUACACAUUGAUUGUACGUAACUUGCCGACAGUGUAUAAGUCGGUCGACUUGUUAAGACUCUUCAGGAAGUAUAACCCUAAACAAGCUUUUGUCGCAACUUUCUUGAACGGCAAUUCGCGGGGGGUCGGAUAUGUCGAUUUCGUCGAUCAAGCACAAGCCGUUGUCGCUUAUAACGAAAUGAGCGAAGCGAAUUUGGAUGGACAUGUUUUAUUAAUUGACGCGACAGCUGUCUCUCCUAUCGGGAAGACAAGUGGAGUCGGUCUCACAGAGAAGAAAUGCUUUAUUUGUGGAAGUCAUACACAUUUGAGUAAGGAUUGCCCAACUAAAAUCGAAGAAGAAAAAGAAGUCAAAAAAGCUGAAGAUAAAAUAGAAGAACAAAAUGAGCCAAAAAAAGUCGAAAAGGUUUAA